AUGCCCCAAGAGUUACGCUACCAAGGCACACCUCAAGCGUCAUUGCACUCCGUUGGAGGAAAGAGUGGCAUUAUGUCCAAGCUGGCAGAGGCGAGGCCACUUCAACAUGUUGAUGGCAGCGGGGAUGAAGCGCUUCCUGCUGGUGAUAGAUAUCCCAUAAAUCUAUUUACUAACGAUGGGAGACACGCGCAUCCGGCUAUUGGAGUAGCCGAUGUGAACGCUCCCCAAAUUCUUAGUGAUUCAUUUCAUGAAAUGAUACAUAGAGAUGUGUACGAGGAGGGAAAAUUAAGGGCCUUAUACACUUACGGAACGGAGACGUCCAAAUUCUACUCACUAGCGGGCCGAUUUGACAAGACUUCUUCGUUUACGAUUGGACAGCCAUCGAGGCGGUCAAGCUACUCAGAUGCGGUCUUCUCGUCGCCGCAAACAAUGUUAAUCCAUCCUCGCUACCGACAGUGGGGUAAAGAGGAAUCAUCCGAAUCCCUCAUCUCUCACUACGGUCUAGCAGUACAAAACGGACCAAAGUCACUCAUUUCCCUAAGUAAUGUCACCUGGCAAUCUUCAUCACCGUGA